CAGUCACACAGUGUGUGUUUGAUUAGACCUGACAGCAGACCAGUGCGAAAGAACACAAGAGAACCAUGAAGCAUCACUGCACUCUUAAACAUGACAUUUUUAAAGAGUUCUUGGCGGAGUUUCUCGGGACAUUUGUGCUGGUGUUGUUCGGCUGUGGCUCUGUAGCUCAGACGGUCCUUAGCAGGAACACACUGGGCGAGCCUCUCACCAUCCACCUCGGCUUCACCACCGGACUCGUGAUGGGUGUCUAUAUCGCUGGUGGGGUUUCAGGAGGUCAUUUAAACCCGGCAGUGUCACUGGCUAUGGUCAUACUGGGUAAACUGAAGAUCUGGAAAUUUCCAGUUUACGUCAUUGCACAACUACUGGGAGCGUUUGCUGGAGCUGCUGGAGUGUUUGGACUGUAUUAUGAUGCGUUUAUGGAGUUUACCAGUGGAAUUCUGUCAGUAACUGGGAUUAACGCCACUGGACACAUUUUUGCCUCCUACCCUGGAAGACAUCUUACAAUUCUUGGAGGCUUUGUGGACCAGGUGAUUGGAACAGGCAUGCUGGUGCUGUGUAUCCUGGCUAUAACCGAUAGCAAGAAUAUUGGAGCUCCUAAAGGAGUGGAACCUCUGGCCAUUGGUCUGAUCAUCCUGGGCAUCAGUGUGUCCAUGGGGAUGAACUGUGGAUACCCUCUGAACCCUGCAAGAGACCUCGGACCACGGCUCUUCACUGCUAUGGCUGGUUGGGGCACGGAGGUGUUCAGCACUGCAGAUCACUGGUGGUGGAUCCCCGUGUUCGGGCCUUUGAUAGGAGGCAUCACCGGCGCUGUAGUGUACUUCUUGUUGAUUGAGCUGCACCACACUGACCCUUCUGAGAAAUCCCAGCAAAAACCUGAGGAAGAGGAGGAUGAAGAAGACGACGAGGACAGCAGCCUGAGGGAUAAAUAUGAGAUGAUAACUAUGGGCUGAACAGAUAUUCAGUGACCAUAAAGCUUACAAAUGAAGCCAAAUCGUAUUCGUGUGCUUCCGCUUUCCCAGUAUAGACUCACGACUCUCACGUUAGUCUCUCACUCGAAGUCUUUCGUUUGUUUGUUGUCGAAGCGAGUUGAGACCGGGAUUAAAAGUGAGUAGCUUACUAGUGAACAGAUUAUAUCUUUGUACAUCUUUACAGGUAACCUGUUUGUUCGGAAGACGUUUGUGACGAGCUUAAAACCUCAUGAGAAUUUUAAGUACAUAUAUUGCAGUAAAAGCAAAGUAUUUUUUUCACACCAUAAAUAAAGUAAACUUAGACAGAUCAUUAUUAGGUCGGUUAUUUAUUAUUUCUUCUUUUUCUCUCACUUUUUAUUUAUUUAUUUAUUUAUUCGUCUCUUGUCAAAUGGUUGUUGUAAUGCUUAAAAAAGUUAAAAAAUAUAGAAAAUAUAGAG